UCACCAUGCUUCUGUGCUGUGCCUCUGAUCGUCGGAUAUUGGUUGAAAAGUCCUGGAUUCAGAUAUUUUGAGCCGUACUGGGUUCCAUUUGAGAUGUACCUCACAACAGGUCUUAAAUUGAACAUUUUUCAGCUUGAGAUUGUUUCUGUUUUAUAGGAAGAAGGCCCUCGACUGAGAAUGGACUUGAAGAUUUUUCCUGUAUACGUUGACAACACCUCUUCUCACAUCUUCAAUACGACCGAGGUUCAACGAAUCCGGGGCAUGUUCACAGGAUGGCAUAUUCCUGAUAGUGAAAUUUUUGGACCUUAUGAACUUCUUGAUUUCCCUCUGUGGUUCCCUUAUGUAGAUGUGAUCCCCUCUUCCACUUCAAAAUCUGGAAUUAGCAAGGGGGCACUAGCUGGCAUUGUAGUAGGAACAGUUGCAGGUGUAGUUAUAUUAUCUGCUGUUGUGUCACUUCUCAUAUGGAGAUUGCAUAUGAAUAAAUACACCGCAGUUUCAAAAAGACGUCGAUGUGAGUAUCUUAUAAUUACCAAUAUCUGAGGUGGAAGUAAAUUUAUCAUGAUUCUCCAUUGUGUUGUCCCUACUUUUUGUAGUUGACCAUAAGUAUUUCAAAAUGUUGGCAAUUUUGAUAAAUAUUCUAAUUAUUAAUUCUAUAAAAAAAUAUAAAAUACUCAGAUCUAUUAUAGUAAUCAUUGGCUGCUUUAAACCAAGGUGGCUAUUUGAUAUUUUUUCAAAGAUCUGGUUUCAAUAUAUGAAGUUUAUCAUGAUAGCUUUCGUAGAUGAACAGGAAGCUGCCAGUUUCCAAAUUUCAGCUGUUCUAUGGAUACAUGAAAGUGAUGUAUACGCAUAUUAUCCCUCUGGAAUUACCCUUCCAACUUAUCAAAAUAGCAUGUUUGAUUUUUGUUGAGAUUAAAACUU